GGGGAUGUGGGAAAGCACUGCGCACUUCUGAUUGGUUGCGACAUGAGUAAGAGGCGUUACUGAGGAGGAUCGUAUUGUUGAAAUAACCAAUGAGCGAAGAGAUAAUGGUUCCCUUGGAUACAUAUUUUGUCAACCCAACGCUCUACAAAAGAAGGAUAGCAAAAGUGAUGAAUGCAAUGGAUCUGAAUACAUUUAUCACAAACUACAGAGCAGAAGAUGUGGAAAAAUUGACACUGCGAAUGAAAAAUGGUCUUAGCAGCUCAAAGUACAAGCCAGCUGAGUAUGAAAGACUGCAAGCCAUUGUUGAUGCCAAGCGCCUGGAGUCUGAACUAAUUGGGCAAAAGGUUCAGAAGACUCGCUGUGCAGCCAAGGCAACCAAGGAGAGGUCCAUAUUACGGCAGCACAGACAGGUGUGGAGCAGAGAGUGCCCCAGGCUGCAAAAGGCUGAGGAGAAGGCUGAGAAUGAUAUCCAUGAUAGUCUAGACCAGAUGAGGCCGAAUGAUAUAACAGACAGUGCCAUUUUCUCACUUCAAGAUUAUGAGCUGUUCUUAGAGCGGGAGCGGGAGACAUUCAGGAUGGCCACUGUGGAGCCUGUCAGUCAGCUCAGGGAUGACCUUUGCUUCAGACUGGGUGAAAUACAACAACACCAGAUCACUGCCCAGCCAACAAAUUGGGAACAAAUCAACUUUGUGAAAGACCAACAAGAUGACAUCAUUGCAAAACUUCAUGCAGAGUACCUGGCUUUGAAGGAGGGGAUCAUGAGCCUUGGCUUGGAGAAAUAUCUUAUUGGUACUUCGGAUAAUCUGGAGAACCUUGAAAAUAUUCCAGAGGAGGUUUUAUAUUCAGACUGCCCUUACUCAGAGCUGAAGGACUACCUGAUCCAGACCUUCCACUCCCUGUCAGAAAGGUACCAAAGCAGGUUGCAAAGUCUCAAAGAGCAGCUGCAGAGAACUGACAGGUUUUGUGGCUGGAGUCCAGAUGACCACGAACGUUUCCAGUUCACUUUGUCUCAGUACACUCAUGACAUACCCAACCACAGGGCGCUCUGUACGGACAUGCUGCAGAGACUGUUCCCAGGGAAAACUAGACAAGAGCUGAUGGAGCAUGAACGAGUGUGGGACUGGCAGCGCUUCACCCAGGCACAGCUGAGAGUAGUGACCCAUCAGUGGCGACGGGACCACGAAGAGCUGCUGCUGAGAGCUCUCGGGAGCUUCACAGAAACCGCCAGCACCAGCAGGACAUCUGCUCACAUCUCAGGGAGAAAGUUAGUGCUUGAUAUAACUUCUAAUCAUCUGCAGCAGUGGCGGGCACAGCAGGAGGAGGUGGCAAAGCUGGAGGCAGUUAUAGCUGCUAGACAGGAAGAGGAGGAAAAGGCAAGAAUAAAGAGGGAGCAGGAGAAGGAGGCCACCACCAAGGCACAACGGAAAGAAAAAGUCAGGCAGUUUUAUUUACAACAGCAGAAGAGGAGGGAGGUGCUGGAGCAGAGGGAUCGAGAGAGACUCGCCAAGCUGAGGAGCGUCAUGGAAGAACAGGCAAAGCGAGAUAAAGAGAGGGUGCAGUUUAGAUCAGAUAUGUUGCAGCGACGCAGGGAGGAGAGAGAGGCGAAGGAGCUUGAUCGCCAGAGAGAAGAAGAAGAGAAACAGAAUCGUCUGGAAGCUCUCAGAAACCAGGUUCGGGUGGUGGCAGAGGCAGACCCAGAGAGGAUGAUAGCAGACACAGAGGCUUGGAGGAGUCGACAGGUGAACGUAAAGGAGUUUGACCUUCAGAGGCCUCUCUACACUAUUAACACAUACACAGACACACAGAUUGUGUCUGAUCCGAGGGUGCGGGUCGAGCAGGCUCUGCGGGAGGCCGGUCUGCACCACAGCCAGUACGCCAAAGAGGUUCUGGCUGUUAUUGAGCCCCCUAAACCACCUCGACGAGACACCAAAUCCAUACUCAAAUUUUAA